CUACUACUAUCUGCCAGCACUACAUAUCUACUAUAUACUUCCACCGAGAAAUCAAAAUCCCACAAACCCGACAUUUCUUUAUAUAAAAAACAAAAAGGCUUUCAUGAAGAAAUGCAUACAAACACUCUGCUUCUAUGCUUUUUCCUCCUUUUCAGGGUGAUUGUUGCCGGAAAGCGAGAAAAUUCUGUAAACCCUUUUACACCAAAAGCAUAUUCAAUUCGUUACUGGAACAAACAAAUUUCAAACCAAUUACCCAAACCAUGGUUUCUCUUAAACAAAGCAUCACCACUAAAUGCUGCACAAUUUGCAAAAUACUCAAAGCUAGCAGGGGAUCAAGAAUCACUGUCAAAACAAAUUCAAUCAUUUUGUAUCUUAGCAAAUCUUCUUUGUUUCCCUGAUAUUUCAUCAAGUCUAGAGAAACAUGGCCAAGAUGUUCAAUUUUCUUCUUACAUGAGCAAGAAUUUUACCAACUAUGGCAACAAAUUGCCUGGUGGCUUUGAUAGUUUCAAGAAAUAUGCUGAGAAUGAUAAUCUUCCUACGAAUUCUUUUCGUCAAUAUAGCCGUGGUGGUGCUGGCCAUGAUGACAUAUUUUCUACUUACGCGCCAAACGGCAAUGUUAUUGAUCAAAGCUUCAACACUUAUGGCACAGGCCUUGCUGCUUUUGGCGUUGGCCAAUUCAAGAUCUACGGGCCCAAUGUCAACGUACCUAAUCUACGUUUCACUACCUACUCAACUGAGGCAGUAGGCAGAAAACAAUCUUUUACAAGCUAUACAAAAGAUACAAAUUCUGGUACCCAAUCUUUCACAAGUUAUGCAAGAAAUAGUAACGGCGGAAUCAACGAUUUUACCAGCUACGCUAACAAUUCCAACGUCAUUGGCACAACGUUUACCACGUAUGGUGAGUCGCAAAAUGGCGGGGGCAAUACGUUCAAGUCCUAUGGUUCUAAUGCAAAUGUUCCGAAAAAUACUUUCAAGGGUUAUGGUUUAUUAGGUAAUGCACCUUUUGAGACUUUUAUAAAUUAUAGAGACAAGUCUAAUGUUGGUGAUGAUACUUUUGUGUCAUAUGUGGAUGAUCCAAAUAGUGGUAGAGCAAAUUUUGAGAAUUAUGGUCAGUUAUUUGGUGAAGGGUCUGACCGAUUUAGUAAAUAUGGAUCUAAAAUCACUAAUGAACAAAUUAUUGGAUUCAAGACUUACGGUGUGAACACAAGUUUUAAAGAGUAUGGAAAAUCAAUUCCUACAUUUGCUGAUUAUAAAAACAAGACUAUUAAUCAGCUUUCAAUAUCUUCCUCGAUGGGCAAAAAUGUGAAUAACAAAUGGGUGGUUGAGCCAGGGAAAUUCUUCAGAGAAAAAAUGUUGAAAAGGGGAACUAUAAUGCCAAUGCCUGAUAUUCAAGAUAAAAUGCCAAAAAGAUCGUUUUUGCCUAAAGUGAUAGCUUCAAAAUUACCAUUUUCUACUUCGAAAAUCGAUGAGCUAAAGAAAAUUUUCCAUGCCGGAGAUGAUUCUCAGAUGGGGAAAAUGAUAGGCGAUGCAUUGGCUGAGUGUGAAAGAUCACCGAGUGUUGGCGAGACGAAGAGGUGUGUUAGCUCAAUUGAGGAUAUGAUUGACUUUUCCACCUCUGUGCUAGGUCAAAACGUUGUCGUUCGUACAACUGAGAACAUAAAGGGGUCAAAGAGGGAUAUCAUGAUAGGAUCAGUCAAAGGAAUCAAUGGUGGGAAAGUAACUAAAUCAGUAUCUUGUCAUCAGAGUUUGUUCCCCUACUUACUCUAUUAUUGCCAUUCGGUUCCAAAGGUUCGAGUCUACGAAGCGGAUAUAUUUGAUCCCAAUUCCAAGGCUAAGAUUAAUCAUGGUGUUGCCAUUUGUCAUGUGGACACAUCAGCAUGGGGAGCCAAUCAUGGAGCUUUUAUCGCACUCGGGUCGGGACCCGGGAAGAUUGAGGUUUGCCAUUGGAUCUUUGAGAAUGAUAUGACCUGGACAGUUGCUGAUUGAAAUGGAUCGAUUUUUCAGUGUUUUUAUUUAGGACGGAUUAAUUAUGCUUAUCAAUGAAAAAACUUUAUAUAAUAGAUAUUUAUUACA